UUCCCUAAACCCAUGUGUUGCCGCUUGGCAGCUUCCGUCUGACGGGAAGGCCCCUGACGGCCACAACCCGUUUCAAGGAAAGGCUGCACCCGCCGGGUUCUACCUCCAUGUCCCGGGGCCGCUUCUCACCAUUUCCAGGUUCUGCUUCUCUCUGCCUGCAGUCUGCCUUGACCUCCCCAAGUGGCCCCUCAAAGCAUACCAGGUACUUCCUCCAAGACCUAUUUAGGAACAGGCCUUCAAUAUUUUGAAUCAGCUUUACAUGGAGCACAAAGAUGAUGAUGAUGAUGAUGUGUCUUUUGCCAAAUGGAUGAGCAGCUUCUGGGGCCACAGCUGGAUAGAGGAGGAUGAGAGAGGACUCCGGGACCGCCGUGGAUCAAACGACGCCAGUUACAGGAAAACCUCCCUGCCCUGCCCAGAGAAAGGUCCUCCUGAUCAAGAAGAGAAAACUUCAGUUCAACAUGAGAUUUGUUCGUUUCCUGUGCUUCCCAGAAUGGUGUCAUCUGACAGCCAUCCUAGAAGGCAUUCUUAUGAGGACCAGGGAUUUCGAUGCUAUACUCACAUGCAGGAUUACAGAAAAUGCUCAGGGAAUGGGUCAUUCAAGGAGCCAGUGGAAUCAAAAGGAAGAUCCCAUACCAAGAUUCAGGCAUUUUCAGAGUCCUCUGAACAGCAACUGUGCUUUAGAACCAAACGCUCUGUCUCUUUGGGACCUGAGUGCAGAAGGGAGAGAAAUGAGAGAGAAUGCCGGAUGCUGGAAAUAAGAUCUCGCAAGAAAGUGGAAGAAAGAAGGAGCUCUAGGAAGGAAGAGCGUGGAGAAGCGUACCUGCCCACUCUAUCUGAAAAGGGGCCCAAAUAGUACCCUGUUUCCACACCGUGACUACGGAUGCUGCUGUGUUUUUUGAGCCCCAGUCCACCAGGCCCAGGAGUGGUAGCUGUAAAAGUGUCUGCAGAUGCUGAGUGACUCAAGGUGGUGGUUAAUUCAGCUGCUCCCCAAGACAGCUGGCAUCAUACACCAACUGCCUUUCAGAGAGUGAUCUGCUCUGUUGCCCUUUUAUGGGAAUAAAAAGAAUAAAAGGUACUUUAAUAGAAUAAAGUAAUUCUUGAAAAUGUGAAGAGAGAUAUUUAAAGAGCUACCCACACAUCGUCACCAAUCCUUCUUCCACCUCAAC